AUGAGCCUAGAAAGGCGGGAAGCAUCUUGUUUUGCUCCGGCAUCCCAAUACAUCAUCAUCAACACCUUGUUCGCUGAGUCUUUCGACUUUGUAUCAACUACAAGUUCUGUUCUACGCAACAUCUCUACCGCUUUUCUACUUGAACCACCUUUUAAAUACGCCUUUGCGAUGCUUAUUCCCGUUUGCCACGCCAAUGAGAAUCGCGGUUCUUCGACUUCUAAUCCCAUCAGAAACAUUUCCAUUGCCUCCACAUCAGGAAUGCUUUUGAAGAACUUUUCUGCUUCUUUCAACCCUGUACUGAUCUCAACAAGACAAAGCCUAGAUGCAAAAUCUUCAGUGCUUAGAUCGAAGAUACCUCGUUUAGUUAUCCACUCUGAGACCUAAUACACAUCAUCAAGAACAGAGAUAUAACGAUUUUUUAUGAGAUUUAUUGCGAUUGAAUCUCUGAAUCAGACCGAGAAACGAGAGAAGAGGAAGAAAUUGAGACCUGGAGAGCGUGAUUGAAUCGCUGAGACUCGCAGAGGGAAUUGAUGAGGCCUCUUAGAACCGCAGGGUUUAAGUCUUUCCCUCGUUUCAGCCAUUCGUCCAGUGGAGGAGUAACCUUCUUUUGUUCCCGUCCCAAUGCCAUGAUUCGACUAUGUGAAGUCUCAUUUAGCUUCGGCGACGUUAGGGUUCCGGCGAAUCGAAUC